CUAAGGUGCCACAAGUACUCCUUUUCUUAUUGAGGCCAGCGUCUUUCAAAGUUACAGGGUGUCAUACAAAAUCUCCACUCUGGGUACAGUAUACACAAACAACAUAGACCUGUCUAUCUAUUACUUGCCUUGUGAAGUCCACAACCUUGUUGAGGCUCCUAAAACAUGCAUAGAAAUAUAGCCAUGUAUACUAUUAAAAUUAGAAUGUCUAAAAUUGAAAACAUUUUAUCCAUAAGUCCUUAAAUUGCUAUUUCUACCAAUUCUGCAUAUUUACAAUAAAAUAAUAUGCUGAACAAGCACUAUCAAAUUGAUAUCAGUACUAUCUAUUGCCAUCACUCAAACAUUGUAUACACUAAAAAAUAAAAUAUUAUUCACAUAUUUAUGCUUUCAACAAUAUUUCUUAACAAAUCUUCUUCAUAUGGAAAAUAUAUUAAUACAGAAAAUAGAAAAUACUCCUCUGAAGAAAUGUUCCAGCAAUUAAGUCUAUUGCCAAACAAACAAACAAACAAACAAAAAAUCCCUUUCCAGCUUGAAAGAGAAUGUUCAGAUAAGGUAGCGUGUAUAUUUGAAAGCGGUGAAGCAGCUAGAUAUAUUAAAUAUGAAUUUCAUAAAUUUUAGAAAGUAUGGGGUUUUGUGUGUGUUUAUAUGAGCAUUUGCAAGAUUAGAUGGGGGAAUUCUCUCAGACUUAACUAUUUUUCUGAAAUGAUGAAUUCUGGAUUUUUGGUUUUUAUUUUGAAUUUUAGUUCAGUCAUUUUGAGUCACUUACAGUGAACAUGUCCACUGUUUCCAGUGCUUGGCUAUGGAUUUCCCUUGCAAGUUGUACUUUUUUUUUUUUGUUAAUUUUGACAAUUGAUCUGGCUUUGGUGUAUUUACAAGGUGAAGCCACAACUGGUCCCAAAUUCCUUGUCUUCUCUUUCUUGGCAGUGCAAAUUAACUUUUUUGACAUAUUCGUGUUACCAUACAGUACACUAGAGGGAAUUCUGUAGAAAAGUUAUCAAAAGUAUUGUGCUUCCUGUCUAUCAUAAUGUAUUUUUAGCAUGGCAGAUCCUUAAUUAAUCAAAGUAAAUAUCUUUUCUGAAUAUAUGCAAUGUCAGUGGGAAAUAUGAACAGGGAACAUAAGUAGCUGCACUAGGUUGCAAUCAAUACCAAGUAAGAGAGUAUCAAUCAUUGUUUAUUUAGAGAGUAUAUAGCCAGUUCAGUCUAAUUUGAGGCUGCAGUAACUUUUAAAGAAGAAAAACCUUCCACAGCUGUGGACAAUAAUGCAAGGAAUAUUAAGUAUUAAACUCUUCACCCAACUUCAACUCUAUUUGAAUGGCCAAAAAAGGUUGCAUGAACAGGUUGGCUGUGUAUUAAGCAGAUGUCCUUGGUAGAUUUGGGAAAGAAGCUUUUAGAAGCUGCACGAGCAGGUCAAGAUGAUGAAGUUCGCAUUUUGAUGGCAAAUGGAGCACCUUUUACCACAGACUGGUUGGGAACAUCACCACUUCAUCUAGCAGCACAGUACGGACACUAUUCAACAACAGAAGUGUUACUUCGAGCUGGUGUAAGUCGGGAUGCAAGAACCAAAGUGGACAGAACUCCAUUACAUAUGGCAGCAUCUGAAGGCCAUGCAAACAUAGUAGAAGUCUUACUUAAGCAUGGUGCUGAUGUUAAUGCAAAGGACAUGCUAAAGAUGACUGCUCUUCAUUGGGCUACAGAACACAAUCACCAGGAGGUGGUGGAGCUCUUAAUAAAAUAUGGAGCAGACGUCCACACACAAAGUAAAUUCUGCAAAACUGCAUUAGAUAUUGCAAUAGACAAUGGGAAUGAAGAUGUAGCAGAAAUAUUACAGAUUGCAAUGCAGAACCAAAUCAAUACAAAUCCAGAGAGUCCUGACACUGUGACAAUACAUGCAGCCACACCACAGUUUAUCAUUGGGCCUGGAGGCGUGGUGAACCUAACAGAUGAGACGGGAGUAUCUGCUGUACAAUUUGGAAAUUCAUCAACAUCAGUAUUAGCUACAUUAGCAGCUUUAGCAGAAGCGUCCGCUCCAUUGUCUAACUCUUCAGAAACACCAGUUGUGGCAACAGAAGAAGUAGUGACUGCAGAAUCUGUGGAUGGUGCAAUUCAGCAAGUUGUCAGUUCUGGAGGUCAACAAGUUAUUACUAUAGUUACAGAUGGCAUUCAGCUUAGUAAUCUCCAUUCAAUUCCAACCAGUGGAAUAGGUCAGCCAAUCAUUGUGACCAUGCCAGAUGGACAGCAAGUAUUAACAGUACCAGCAACAGACAUUGCUGAAGAAACUGUGAUCAGUGAAGAACCACCGAUCAAGAGGCAGUGCAUUGAGAUUGUUGAAAAUCGUGUGGAGUCUGCAGAAAUAGAAGAGAGAGAAACUCUACAGAAACAGCUGGAUGAGGCAAAUCGAGAAGCACAAAAGUAUCGACAGCAGCUUCUAAAGAAAGAGCAAGAAGCAGAAGCCUAUCGGCAGAAAUUAGAGGCAAUGACCCGUCUCCAGACUAAUAAAGAAGCUGUUUAAAUAUUGAAAUGGACAUAUUGUAAAGUCUCUUAUUUUCAGUCAAGAAAACUGCAGUACAAUCUUGAACUGUACACUCUAUAGGUACAGAAAUAGGAUUACACAAUAGCAAAGAUGCUACAGGUUGAUAACUGGACUUAAGCCAUGAGCUCUGAUGAAUUUCUUGUAACAUAAAAGCUGAAUUUAGAAAUUGUGAAAAGUAUUUAAAAUGAAAUACUGUAAAUAGUUGUUUUUUUUACAGUUCCAAAGUGAGUUGAUAAAUUUUUUUGAAGGGAUCCAGAAACACAAGAAGCCAAUGUUUUUGUGAAAUUUUGGAUUUUAGUAUAAAUCUAAUUUCUGAAAAACAGAACAGUUUUAAGGGUGAUGUUGCAGAUUAAGAUUGACAGUUUGAAAAUGAAUUAAUAGUUAUUCCUACUGGGAACAACUUAGACCUCUUUUUGAAUAAGACAUUUCCUGAUGGACAUCUUUGUACAACUUUAAGUAGUUGUCUUAGAUUUUCUGAAAACCCUUGUUUUAGAAAGUGAAAAUUUUAUAUUUAAUUUCCGAUAUAUCCAAGUAGAUUUACAUGUAUAUGAAGCUAAUAUUUUUUAAACUUUUCAGUUUGUACAUAUGCUGCAUGUUUUUAUAAUUUCUACACACAUCUUGCAUAGAUAUUUUUCAGCAAAGAUGAGGAAAAUUAUGAGAAAAAAUGUUUAGCCUAAAUGUCAUUUGAAGUAAGCUAGCAGCCAGUUUUAUUGUGAAUGGUAUAUUUCUUGGAAGAAUGUAAUUUGUAAAAAUAAAAAAAACCUUAAUUUACGUAAUACAGGCAUUAUUUGAAAAUGUUGACAGUGGGGGGCAUUGAAACUUCACUUUUCUGUGAGUCUUAUAACUUUCGUGUGCAAACAUUUUUAAAGUACAGAAGUAUGAAAGACUGUCUCCACAGGAACCCACAUAGCAAUUCCUUUUAAAUAUUCUUAAAUUGUUUCACCAAUAAUCUUCAGAUUAUCUCAAGGACACAUUUUAUAAACAGACUUUUUGCAUUUAAAUUAUGCAGCUGGACCUGAAAGUUUGAUGUUGUUUUGGUGCUCUUGUUACCUACCAUCAUUGUGCUUCACUGUGAUAAAUGUGUCUGUGCAGUGAUCUGUAUGAAUAUUUAGCAUUUAUUUAGUGCUUUACAUCUUCAAAGUGUUGUAUAAUCAGUAAAGAAUUAAUCCUCACUAUGUCCCCUAUGGUAUGGACAUUAUUGUCCCCAUUUUACAAUUGGUAUAAGCGUGACACAGAGAGGUUAGGUGAUUUGCCCAAGGCCACAUAAGUCAGUGGCAGACGCGGGAAUAGAACUCAGGAGUUCCUGGCUCCUAGUCCCGUCCUUAGGUCAUGCUGCCUUAAGACUGUUCGAUGCCGUGUUACAUUCAACUUUGAACUAUUGUGCGGAUUCCUUUUUUGUAAAACGAUAACUUGUCUUUUAUUCGUGCUUUGCUUUGUCUUUCCAUGUUUCACUGCUUUUAUGAUAUUGUUUAUAUAAACUUAAACAAAGUCUAGUUUACCUAUACUGUAUUCAAAGGCACUGCCCUUAAAACUGUACUCUGGCCUACUUUUUCUAUUUUACAAUUAAAUAUCUUUUCCACAUA